AUGACACAAGAAUUGAAAAAAUUACGUGAGCGACGUGACAGUGACACGCGAUGGCUGUACGAUCAAGAAUCAAUGCACGUGGACCGUCACGGGGUUCAAAUGGGAAGUCAAAACGGAGCCACACAUUGUCCCUCAGCUGUCAACCACAUAUUAGUCAGUGAGAGAACAAAUUGUGGCGUGGUCAUUAUAGACGCAAAUACGACGCCGGUUCCAUAUGAGUACAUUAUCAAGGGACUUACGCCCGGUAACACCCACUACACCCGAGUUGCAGCUUACAAUGCCAUAGGUUAUGGACCGAGACGAGGUACUGACCCACGAUCCUUAAGUGUACCAUUUGAGCCUCCAUCAGCUCCACGAUCACCAUUUAAUAUGCUAGCACCGCCGCUCCCUAAUUCUGAGGAGGAGCACCAAGUGGUACAGCAAGCCGUGACAGGGUCGCUGUUUGGAGCUCCAGUGAUGCAACUUGUUAGAUCAACAGGAACGAUAACUGGAGGAUAUUUCACCUUGUCGUUCGGAGACGAUAGUGAUCUGUAUUAA